UUCUGAGAAAAUGUCAAACAAUUGCCACAGAGUUACAAUCUAAUCUCGGUAUUUUUGUGAUUUGCUCUUAAUAUUAGCCAUAAAUUGAGAGUAUGAAUCGUGGUAUUUCCUCCUUGGUGUAACAUCAGACAGACGCAAUAUGUGGAAUCUAUUAAUAGUGCUGGCCAGUAUUGUUUUGACUGCGAAUUCCGGGCCCGUGCAUCCGGUCGUCCCUUCCGUGAAUCCCUUGCACGACGAUAUCCUCCUGUCCGUCCUGGAUGAAUGCAAGCGACCCAAAGAGAAUUCGGCGGAGAAGAAACUCUGUGAUCUAUACUUGAGCGUUGUGCAGAAUGACUCAACCACAGUGAUCAGCAAUGACGAGUUCAAGGCUGUGUUGGCACAUCCGGAGCCCAACACUAAGGACUUCUGUGGGCGCUUGCUGCAGUAUCCAGUGCAGAACUUCAUCCCCAAAGUGGGCUCUUGCGAGAUCAAGUGCAGGAAGUACGACGGGGCGGACAGUGAGUACGUGGACCCUCUGUGCAGACUUAUUCUGUGGAGAUUGGAUGUACAGAGAGCUGGUCAGAUCCCUCCUUCGGUGGGAGAGAUGUCUGCACCGGCUGCCACCCAGGAGGGCCUCCGCGCUGUCCAGGAGGCGAAGACCAGCAUCACUGUGGGUAACACAACGAGUCAAGGCAGUGAGGCUAAUCAGAAGCUUCCGAUGACACCUUCCGGAGGCUCUGCUGACAAAGUGGAGAUUCCACUGAAGAUGCCUCCAAUGCCGCCGAAACCCUCCACUGAGGGGAGUCCAACGCUUCCCAAGGCUAUCGCAGAGAUACCGAAGAAAGCCGCAGAGCUGCCCGUGGCGAGCAAGGAGGCGGAGAAGGUGAAGGAACCCGUCGUGGAGGUGCCGAAGACUCAUCCGGAGGAGAAAACGAGUAACCAACCCACCCCUGAGGAUCCCAAGCCGCCGGAGGAGGUGAAGAAUCCCCCGGAGUUGCGACCGGAGGACGAGGAUCCCCUUGAGAAUAAGGAAAUCGACGAGGAUGGCAACCUUGAGGAGUAUUCCGAUGGCAAUGUGGAAGACGCAGUUGGACGGAAGAACGACCCUGACAAUCUGGACGCUGGCGACGCUGGGCUGCCCUUCGACAAGAGCGAUGUGGUGAAGGAUGUUCCCGUGCCGGACAACAAGAUGGAACUCGUGGAGACUGAUCCGUUCCAGGAUCCGGACAAGUCAAACUUCUUCACCUACUUCAUGGCACUGAUGGCCGUGUGCAUCCUGGCGUACGUGGUGUACCACAACAAGACAAAGGUGCUGGCGCUGGUGCUCGAGGGCCGGCGCUCCAGCCAAGGCCGCGGCCGGCGAAAACACACGGCGGCAUACAGAAAGCUGGACUCAAACCUCGAGGAGGCCAUCACAUCGUCGGCAGCCAGUCGAACAACGCAGAUCAUCUACUGAGCCGAGGUCAGGAGCACUUGAGCAAUUUUCGGAGUGAUCUUCUUCACUCACUCGCAGUUUUUCCGCAAUCAUCCUUUCACAAACACGCUGAGUAUUUAAUUUUCACGUUAUUGCGCGCGCGCCUUCGUCACGUGUCAGAGAAGAAAAAAAUUUCGUUGAAUUUAAUGUAUUGCGAAUCUUGUAAAGAUUUCUAUGUCAUGUAAAUAAAAGGAAAAAAACCCAACAA